AUUCCCGCCUUUAUUGCAGGAGAAAAACGAGAUAUAAAAGUAAUUUGUGGAAGUUCUUGCCGUAAAUCUCAUACCUCGAUUAGUUUCCUAAACCGGAACAACCUGUCAUCUUGAAGUGAUCUACAGAGUGGCUGCUGUGGGAUGAAAUAGAAUUGAAAGGAUUUGUAUGCUCGAUGCAACUGACGAACGAGCUUCUGGCGCAAGAAAGCAGACUGGCGGUUUUUGUCAGCAUUAGAGCAGAUUAGUACAAUCGUAUUUUGAGGAAACCAGUAGUUGUUUUUUUUAAAUCAGAGGUCUCUAUUGUUUAAUAUAGUAAGAUCGUUUACAAGGGACUAUUUUCGUGCAGGUGGCUUUCAUGAUCAAAAAUUAGCUUUAUUGCAAUGGUUAUGUGAAAUUGCUUACUGAGGGGAAAGGAUGGUAUAUCUUGAGAAAAAAUAGCUAUUAGCGUAGAGUAAUUUAUCAAUGAAUAUUGCUUGUAUUGAAUAGACGGUACCUAUUCGAUAUGAAGUAGCCCACGUACGCACACUUGAAGGGCAUACGGCGGUGCAGUACAAUUUUGAUGGUUGAAUUAAUUUGCUGGUCUUCAGUGCGUUUUGGUUAAAACCGAGUGGAUACAAAUUUUCUCAAGUGAUCUUAAGUGUAAUUGAGAGGUUAGGAGUGGGUGCUGCUGUGUAGAUAAAUUCACGGGAGGUAACGAUCUUGGCUUUUUGCAACGUGUAUGCGUAUGGAGUUCUUGUACUUAUUAAGCGUUGAUGACUGGUACAAUAGUAACCGAAUAAAGGGGGAGCGACUGCUGCACUUGUAGCGAGUGUGCUGGCGAGCCGAGCUCGGCAAACUGCGCACCGCUGCUGGGUAGCCUCCUCCCACCUUCAUUGUUGUCAAGGGUGUGAGAGCGCGUCCCGGGCUCGGGUUGUGUCCGCGGCUGGCGGCCGCCGGGGCGUCUGUGUGUUGACGGGAGGGGUGGGGUGGGUGAGAACGCCUCGUUCCGCUGGCGAGCGGCUGCCGGUUUGUCCCGCGCGGGGCUCCGUAGUCCCGGGGUGUGAUGGGAGAGACGAUGUCGAAGCGGCUGAAGUCGGAGCUGGAGCUGGAGAUGGAGGAGAGGUCGUUCGCCAACCCGUACCCGGACAGGGGCGACGCGGCCGCCGGCUCGCCCGAACAACAGGAGGCGGCCGACUGCUUCGACGCGCAGGGAAAGAUUUGCCCUUCCUUCAUAAAGCGGAUUCAGUCUAAAAUCAAAGACCUCCUGAUGCAGAUGGAAGAAGGUCUGAAGACUGCAGAUCCUCAUGACUGUUGUGCUUACACUGGCUGGACAGGAAUUGCACUUCUUUAUCUGCAAUGCUUCCGUGCAACCCAGGAUACAGCAUAUCUCCAGCGAUCUCUGCAUUAUGUGAAGAGGACUCUGCGUAAUCUGAAUGGUCGGAGAGUCACCUUUCUAUGUGGUGACGCAGGACUGGCUGUUGGUGCUGUUGUGCACCACAAGCUUAAGAAUGAAAACAGAUCGCAGGAAUGCAUUGCAAAAUUGAUACAGUUGCAGAGAGCAGUUGUAAGUUUGGACUCUGAUAUCUCAGAUGAGCUUCUGUAUGGCCGAGCUGGGUACUUGUAUGCUUUACUAUAUGUAAAUACAGAGAUUGGGGAAGAUACUGUUCCUUGUUCUGUUAUUCAGGAGGUGGUUAGUGCCAUAAUUGAAUCUGGCAAGAACUUUUCCAAGGAAGAGCGCAAAACGGAACGCUGUCCACUUUUGUAUCAAUGGCACAGAAAACAGUAUGUUGGAGCAGCCCAUGGUCUUGCUGGGAUCUACUACAUGCUAAUGCAGCCAGGUUCAAAGGUGGAGCAAGAGACUUUGAUUGAAUUGGUAAAACCCAGUGUGGACUAUGUGCGACAUAAAAAAUUCAGGUCUGGAAAUUAUCCUUCUUCGUUAAGCAAUGAAACUGACAGACUGGUUCAUUGGUGCCAUGGUGCUCCUGGUGUUAUACACAUGUUGAUACAAUCUUACAAGACUUUCAAAGAAGAAAAGUACCUGAGAGAUGCAACUGAGUGUAGUGAUGUUAUCUGGCAGCGAGGGCUGCUGCGGAAGGGUUAUGGAAUCUGCCAUGGAACUGCGGGAAAUGGAUACUCUUUCCUCUGUCUAUACAAGUUAACUCAGGACAAAAAAUAUCUCUAUAGAGCUUGCAAGUUUGCAGAAUGGUGCUUGGAUUAUGGGACUCAUGGAUGUCGCAUUCCUGACAGACCAUAUUCUUUGUUUGAAGGGAUGGCUGGAGCUAUUCACUUCUUGUCUGACAUUUUGAAUCCCGAGGCAGCCCGAUUUCCAGCCUUGGAACUGUAAUGUACAUCAGUUGUGCUGCUUGAAGAAUGAAUGAUUUUGGAUAUGGUGUAGGACCACAUCUUUUCUGUGGAGAAUAGGACUUCUUGGUACCUCUUUUCUCAAUACCUACACAGACUAAAACCACCGUUAUCUCAAGAACUUUAAAAAUUGAAGGCAACAAAUGGAGCAAAAUCUCUGAGUAACAUUAUUUUUGUCUUGCAAUUCAUUGCAUUUCAGUUUAAACAAAAUUAAAUACUUAAAAUUAACACGUGCUUACUUCAGAGUUUGACUGUAUGCACGCUUAAAAUCUUAGCAUCUUAGGUUGUCUUUGGUCUUGUUCAUUUGGAAUCCAUGCAUUUUGUAAAAUAUCGAUCAUAGUACUUUUCAUGCAUGUGAAGAAGCUAAUCAUUAAUCCACUGGUGCCAAUUUAUUUAUGAUUCUGCUUGGAGAUACCUUUUAGAACAAGGCUCAUACAAUUGUUUUAUGUAGUUAGGGUUGUUGGUCAUGUUUUGAUUUUUAAAAAAUUUGCAACAAGGCAGAAAAUAAAGUACAUCUUUGCUAAAUCUGGCAGUUGGCUUGUG